GGGGAUACCAUACGCCAUGCUAUCAGUCAGACGGUCGGAUACAAUGAUGGGCUACGGCAUCCCAUGUACAGUCCUCACGGCCUAAAUGUAAGUGUACAGUAACCAUGACAACAAAUGUCCAGAAAUUAAGACAUGUCAUGUCAUCGCAAUGAUGACCCCACAAUGAUGAUGAUGAUGAUGACGUUGGUGAUAAUGACUCAUAAAAUCAUUUUCAUUUAAAAAAAAUCCCAUUUCACCCAGGUUAGAGAAAUCUAGGACCUAAAUAGUAUUUCUAGAGUUGUAUGUGCACCCGCCCUCUCCCACCACCACCAUUCCACUAUAUUGCAAUGCAGUUAACUUAGGGGGUGGGGUGAUAGGGUGCAGGUAUUGUAAAAAAAAGACCCGGGGUAAUCUCUGUUUGCCAGGGCUCCCAAACCCUUUUCAGUGAGCCGCCAGUGUGAUCAAACCGCAGAGCAAAUAUACGACAGGCGAGAUUAAGGACGCCCCCCAUGUGAUGGAAAAGAUAAAUGUACAGCUUAAUAUUAACACACACGCACACACACACACACAUCCAGACUCACACCCCUACUACACACCAGCCAUUUAAAUGAGAAAAAGCCAGCGUGCUUCAUUCCAUUUAUGAAAUACAUUUUAUAAUACCCCCGUAGCCAAAUGAAAGGGGCUUUUUACUGGCGUAUAUAUGUUUUCAUUUAACUACUUUGAAAUGCUUCUGAGAGCGAAUUUGCAGCCCAUCCUCUUAUCACGGUAAUGAAAUAUGAAACUGGAAUUGCCUGCAGCCUUGUACAGAUGCGACUAUGGUCUUUCCUGAUGAGCUCUGAUAAGACCCUUCUUCAUACUACACCACGCAAUCUGAAGCUACCGUGGUAAAGAUACAUUUAUUGGUUGAGGAUGAGCCGCGGCGACGGAGAGAGGCGUACUGACGCUUCCUUUCGCUCAACCCCGGCACAGAGAAAUAUUUGCAUUUGCUGUCUGCUCUCUAGCAAUGAAAGGGGAAGCAGGCUAUGGACUGUUUUUCUCCAUUACCACGAGCCCGUCUUGUAAAAUGGAGACAGCCUCAAUGUCUUAUGCAGCUUCUCAAGAUUAGAACAGGUUUUUUUUUUGUGGUAGUGUUGUUUUUGUUGGGUAAUGUUUUGGCCUCGUAAAAUACGUACAUACAUGUUGAGUGUCCAUAUUGUUGGCUGUUAUGUUCAUGAUGGAAGAACAAAUCCAGCUCUCAAUCCGCACCGCUCCCUCAGCCUGAACUUGUCUUCAAUUGGACAUGAUCAAAACUGACACACCAACAAACACACAAACGUGUGAAAAAACACAAAACCCGCGUCGUUAGGAGCGCUCCCACAGCAAGGUGUCGUUUUUUUUUUUUUUUAGGAGCGCCCUUUCUUGCUCCAGGCAGUGGAGGCGAUGUGCCAACCUCGAGCAGCUUCAAAGUGCAGCGUUUUGCACUUUCUCCCCCUGCCCUCGCAGUUCCUUAUUUAGGUCAUGGCUCAGUCCAUCACAGGGGAAUUGAGGGAAGCAUGGUGGAUGUGUUUGGCUGUAUCACAUAACUCACAGCCAUGUUACGUUGUUUAGAGCAAGCCAGAGGAAAGCAGACUGGAUAUGAAUGGUAUGUCCAAAGACAGCCAGGGACAGCUGCUCUGUCAAGAUAAAGCUAUGAUGCUAAACAAAACCUACUAUGUGUUUAUACAGAUAUAGUACAAUAUAUAUAUAUAUAUAUACAUGUUGAUCAUCCAAAAUAUAUUUUUUUAUGUACUAUUUAUUUCUAUAUAUUUUUCAAUAUAAUGAAAACAUGUUAACUUUUUCUAUCUAAUGCAAGGACAAUGUUUAGAUCAGUGUUUUUGUUGUUGUUGAUCUUUUAAAAAUCAAAUGCUGGGCCAAAUCCUUAUUCUAACCCAUUCCUGCCUCGACGCUAAGAAAAACACUCCGUCACUUCAUUUCAGUGUUUCCCCUUGAAGUUGUUACCCGCGGUGGUGUCCCCUCCCGUCUUCAUAACUGACACUAGAAUUUGCAGCGACAACCACUAAAGCAAUCCGAUAAGACAUUGAUUUCACCACUCGCCUCCAAUGACCAGGACGCGGGGCAAAUUUGUCAGCAAGAGACCCUGUCUGGGGAUGUCAGUGGUAAUGCAAUGGGGCUUACCCCCGCCGGCGGACCCCAUGUCAGAACUCCUUUCCUAACCCGGCCAUGUGUGUGUGAUUGUGGGUAUACACUCAAUCUGACUGCUGAAAGAGGGAAGCGCAAGGGGCCCCUUCCAGGCCAGAUUGUGACAACAAGCUUUAUACUAUUGGAUGUUAAUUUGGAUAUUGAGUUUCAUUAAAUUAUAAAUGUAAUCCACCCUGAACUAUGAUUAUGUCAGUUGUGGCUCGGUUGCAUGAAGACCCGAUCAAAUCAGCCCCCUCAGUUGUAACUUUACCUGUUUUUCAAGAAGUAACCCUUGCGCUCUGUCUCUCUGUCUGUCUGUCUGUCUCUCUCUCUCUCUCUCUCUCCUCUUCUCUCUCUCUCUCUCUCUCAUGUCUCUCUCUGUCUCUCUGUCUCUGUCUCUUCUCUCGCCUCUCUCUCUCUCUCUCUCUAUCUCUCUCUCUCUCGCUCUCUGCUCUCUCUGCUCUCUUCUCUCUGUCUCUCUGUCUCUCUGUCUCUCUGUCUCUAUGUCUCUGUCUCUGUCUCUGUCUCUGUCUCUGUCUCUCUCUCUCUUCUGUCUCUCUUCUCUCUCUUCUCUCUCUCUCUCUUCUCUCUCUCGUCUAUCUGUCUCUGUCUCUGUUGCUCUCUCUCUCUCUCUCUCUCUCUCUCUCUGUCUCUCUGUCUCUCUGUCUAUGUCUAUGUCUCUCUGUCUCUCUGUUCUCUGUCUCUUGUCUCUGUUCGUCUCUCUGUCUGUCUCUGUAUCUGCUCUGUCUCUCUCUCUUCUCUCUCUCUCUCUCUCUCUCUCUCUCUCGCUCUCUGUCUCUGUCUCUGUCUCUGUCUCUCUCUCUCUCUCUCUCUCUCUCUCUCUCUCUCUAUCAUGUAGGGUAACGGGGGAUGGCACGGUGCGCCUACUCCCUCCUCAGUGACGUCCCCAAACGAAGGGCCAGGCAGUGUGCACUCUGAUACCUCAAACUGACCACCUCACUGAUCAUCUCCUUUCCACCUAAUACGCUACCGUGCCCUCGACCAAUGUGACUGAACCAAACAGAGGCCAAACAGAACCAAUCAUCUUCCUCGACUGAGUUUAACCCCUCCCCCCCGCCACUCCAGACAAUGUCGGCCAUUUUGUAAAAUCCCAUCCAAUAACCUUCACAGUCAAGACUGAUAUGAUUGGAUACAGCUUUUAGCAACAUUUUAUGAAUAUAAAUAUAGAGGCUGACAGACUAACAGGGAUUUGUACGAGUCGGGGUUCUGAAUGGGAAAUCUAGAGAACAUAACAGUAGAUUUUAAAGUAGAAACUGAAAACCGUACAUUUCUCUCAACCCUCUGCUCUUUUGACACCCUGUCUUUCUUUUCUUGCCAACUAAGACUGAAGGCACAAUACAUGUGGUCCAAUGGAUUUACUUCCGACCAGUAUCACUAUACAACUUGUGGGGGACCAGCGAAAUCAUUUGAAGCUGCAGGUGCGCCACUGAUGGAAGGCUUGCUUGCUGCAACGCUUCAAUGGACUUAGGAUGACUACACCCAUAGUGGAUCUGCUGCAUUUCUGAUACUAACAUUACCGGAUUUGACAUGUUUUGGGGGGAUUGACAUGAUGAAGUACAUUUAAACGGCAGCUUUUGUCAUGCUCUUUAUUCUCAACAUGAGUCCUCUGCUGAACAUGAAUUUCUAAACCUUUUAUUGGACACUGUGCAUUCAGUUCAGAUGGAUAUAUUCAGUCAUUUUGAUGGUAUUUACUCCCAAUGCUGUCCGAAAUUCAUAUUUGAAACGAUCAUGUGUUACCAUAUCUUACGAUUGCAUUUAUUAUUGUAAUACCAAUUUGAGGAGUUCCCGAGAAUUGUAUGUCAAAACAGAGCAGUGAUGAUUUACCUCGUGAAAAUGCUUAGAUAACGUCACCAUUUCAAACGCAUUUUAGUAAUUUAGAGCACUACCUCUUAUUAACUAGCAUUACUAGCAUCUGAUUAUUCUAAAUCCCCAUUUUACAUUUGUUUUACAUGUCUUGUAAUUAGCUAUUGUGUACUUUGAUAUUGUUGGGAUUUUCUUUUGCGUUAUUGCAACUUUACUAAAAUGCCAGAAUAACGCUUAGCAGUAGUGUUUAGUUAAGAACGAAGGUAAAGGUAAAUUGAGCCACUCCACCAAACUAGGAGUCCACUAUAGUGCUAGCUUCCCAAAGAACUAGUCACGUGAUGUGGAUUUUAUGGAGUGCAUUAAUUAAUUGAACAUGGUCCAAAAAUAUCAGUGGUGGAAUUCACUAGAAGCCCGUAUGGAUGUGGAAGGUGGCUUAUUUUCCCCCGUUUCCACUUGUGGGAAUACUAGCUGUGGGGUACAAUGAAACAUGUACAGCUCACAGCCAGUAUUCCCACAAGGUGACAUAGGAGAAAUAAGCCACCUUUCACAUGUAAGAAGCAUGUAUGGUCACCACCAAACAGUGAAACUGUUGUAAAUACCGAAGAAUGUUUGAAUGUUGCUGAUUUUGUUACUUAUCCUCUUAAAUAUAUGAAUUUCAGACUCUGUUUGAAUGAAAAGACCUCGAGGUCUCAGUACCCACACCUGUACAACUACAUUUUCUUUCUUCACUUCUCUUUCUUUUGUAUUGUACGCCAUUUUGAAACUGAAUGAAGUCCUGAUAAAAAAAAAACAAUAUUUGUGGCAGUGGUCCUAAUGUAUUAAAUAUGUUUUGUGUUAAUUUCUAACCGCACUACGUGGAGGAUUCUGACCCCAAACGAGUCCUCUGUGCUAGUUUGGGUAGUUUCAAAC